ACGUCGUCUGAACAACAAAUACACGUGUUUUUUUACCAGAAGAUACAGAAGACAAACUCCUCUCAUGCCGGCAGCUUUUGGACAGGAUCUGUGUCCGGUAACCGACUCUACUCUAGGGUUUGUUAAAAGCCCAUAAUGAAGCCUCAGGACAUCAUGAAGGAAAAGAGCAGCCUGUGGAUAUUUGGAUACGGAUCCUUAGUGUGGAAACCUGGGUUUGCUUAUAAAAGGAGCAGCAUCGGUCACAUUAAAGGAUACAAGAGACGAUUCUGGCAUGGAGAUGAUUUCUACAGAGGGGACAAGGAAAAGCCAGGCAGAGUUGUCACACUGGUGGAGGAUGAGGAGGCUUGCACAUGGGGCGUGGCCUACGAAGUCACUGACUCCCAGAUUGAAGAAUCCCUUCAGUACCUGAAAAUGAGAGAGGUGGUGUUGGGCGGCUAUAUAACACAGAUGGUGGAGUUCAUCCCCAAGGACAAAGGCCAAGCUCCACUGCUGGCCCUCGUCUACAUCGCCACCUCUAACAACCCCAUCUACCUGGGGCCGGCCUCGGACAAGGAGAUCGCUGCCCAGAUCACCAUCUGCAGGGGCAACACGGGCCACAACAUCGAGUACCUGGUCCGGCUGGUGGAGUUCAUGAGGCUGUCCUGCCCCGAGGUGGAGGAUGAGCACCUCUUCUCCAUCGAGGCAGCGGUUCUGAACAUUUUCAGUGACUGUGGGGGGAUCAAGCCCCCAGACCAGAAACCAAUGCUGUUGGGAGCCACAUAGAAAAACUCCACAAGGCACUCCACAGUGUGAGAAAUGGUUUUCUACUGGGUUAAAGGGAAAUUAGGUCCCACAAAACAUGUUGAAGGGUGUUCGGUGCUUGAAAAGGGAAACACCUGAUUUGACAUUUAUAUUCUCACUUUCACAUUUUUCUGCAGAUAAUUAAAAAAUGUAGGUUACAUAGGUUACAUACACUACUACAUACUAUACACAGUCUCCAUAAGCAUGUGAUGCUUUUAAAAGUCAGAGAUUACAUUCUAUGAUUUACACCUUUGUUGUAAAAGGGCCUCAAAUGCUAUUUUGUGCAUAAUGUAUGUGUAUUUAAAAUAAAUGUUUUAAUAAAAACGACAAGGAAAUCUG